ACAAUGGUAGAGGCAGAGAAGAAGUGAUUCGAGAUAAGAAACGAGUGGCAACCGGUUGGUUCGAUCGUGGGGCGUGCCGCAUGGGAAAAACCGUAGCCCCGUUAUUCUACACGCACUGGAUUGUGUCAGGGGGGCCUGUCCGGGGUUAUUUCUUUUCAAAGAGAAUGGCCGUCGCCGCUUUCACAACUCUCUGGAGCCCAUCAAUCCCUGUUGGUGGAGGCGUGAGAAGCAGGAGUGAGGUCCGUUUGGUUCUGAGACGGCAGGCGAGGGCGGAGGCGGCUCCAAUGGCAACCGAGAAGUUGGGGGUCAAGAUUGAGCGCAGUCCUCCUGAAUCCAGACUCUCCGAGCUGGGCGUCCGGAAGUGGCCCAAGUGGGGUUGUCCUCCCAGCAAGUUCCCUUGGACGUACACAGACAGGGAGACAUGCUACGUUUUAGAAGGCAAGGUCAAGGUGUACCCCGAUGGGCAUGACGACUAUGUGGAGAUUGGGGCAGGUGAUCUUGUUGUAUUUCCAAAGGGGAUGAAGUGUACCUGGGAUGUUUCUCAGGCGGUUGAUAAGCACUACAACUUCGGUUAGGAUACACCAAUCUCGUCGCCAUUCAUGUAAAAAUUAAAAUAAGAGUUUAAAGUUACCUUUGUAUGGUUUUGCAAGAAAAGACUAGCUAAGUUUGUUCUUCAAAGCUAGUCUUGUCUGUUUGGUACAACUUGAAUUUUACCUAUUAGAGUAAACUUUCCUUUGGGUUUGUUUA